AUGAAACGGGGUAUAUCUGGUCCUUGGGGAGCUCCUGCUACCGUUUGUGAUUCUCCUAUGAGUCUGAUAGAAGCAACGUUUGAAUGGUUGGAAAACAAUUGGAAGAAUAAGCUUGAUUUUAUUAUAUGGACCGGAGAUAACGCAAGGCAUGAUAACGAUGAUAUGAUACCCCGAACCCCCGAGGAAAUGUUUCAAUUAAAUCGAAUGAUAACCGAAAAAUUUUUAAAAACUUUUGGCGACACUCAACUUCGUGGAAGAAAGAAAGCACCACAUUUCAUCCCUAUCGUACCCUCUAUAGGAAACAAUGAUAUUCAUCCUAAUAAUAUCGUCCUUCCAGGUCCAAAUGACCUUCUUACAAUUCUUCAUGAUAUCUGGUCUCCUUUUAUUCCUAAAAAACAGCACAAAACCUUUUUGAAUGGUGGAUAUUUUUACACAGAAGUCAUCCCCGAUAAACUCAUUGUUGUCUCAUUAAAUACCUUAUAUUUUUACAAGGCAAAUACGGCCGUUAAUGGAUGUAAAGCAAAGGAUCAACCUGGCACGAUUCAAUUGAGAUGGCUGAAUAAUGUUUUGAAAAGGGCUAACAAACGUGGAUUGAAAGUUUAUUUAUCGGGUCAUGUGGCACCAAGAAUCAAACAAUAUACAAAGUCAUGUUAUAGGAAAUAUGGACGAUUAUCAAUAAAGUAUCACGAUAUUAUCCUGGGGCACUUUUACGGACAUUCCAAUAUGGACCAUUUCUUUUUUUUGAGCGAAAGAAGUAGGAAAUUUCGUCCCGUAAAUACUACAAUUCGAGAAGGAUUAAACAUUUUACAAGAGGAUCGAGAAGCAGUCGAGACCAAAGUUUAUAAUAUUGAUAAAUACAUGAAUAAACUUCUCAGACAUUAUCGUAAGGUUCCAUUCACUAGAGAGAUAGAGAAAGAAUACGCUGUUAUCAAUAUCAAUCCGUCUAUAAUUCCUACAUUCUUCCCGGCUUUAAGAAUAUUUGAUUAUAAUACAACCGAGCUGACAAAUGAAGAUCAUGAAGUCAAUUUAGCGGAAAAAUCUAAAAAAGAUCAUUUAAAUUCCCCUGCACACGUAAACACAUUUUUGACGCCCUUGGGUUAUACACAAUAUCUCAUGAAUCUCACUCAUGCGAAUUUAUAUCCAAACAUUACACCAGAAUACAUAAUCGAAUAUACGACAUGGAAUGACUAUAACAUGAACGAUUUAACAGUUCCAAGUUGGAUUCAACUAGCACGAAGAAUUGUAAAUCAUGGAUUCAGGAGCAGUUUAUGGAAAAGAAUUCAAGAUCAUUUAAUGGUAGGAACGAGAUCCCUGAUUAGAGAAAAGAAUAAGAGACAUUAUCAAAAUGUAGAUUCAAAUGAUCGUGUAAAAGGUCCAGAAGAUUAUAUAAUUUCGGAACUUUCAUUUUAA